AUGCUAAUCGUGUUGUCUUUGUUUCCCUAUCCAGUAUGUCGCGACUUUGCUGUUCUGGAAGAUCGUACCUUGGCCUAUAACUUACAGGAGCAAGAGAUUGAGCAUCACUUGGCAACAAACGUUCAGCGUAAUCGGCUGGUGAAACAUGAUUUGCAGGUGGCCAAGAAACUGCAAGAGGAGGAUCUGAAAGCACGUGCUCAAAUCCAAAAACACCAAAAAGACUUAGAACAGCAGGACUCCGAAAUCGCUCAGGAAAUCCAAGUGAAGCUGGUGUUUGAAGCGGAGCAGCGCCGGAGGCAAGAAGAAAACGACGAGGACAUUGCCCGUCUCCUACAACAGAAGGAACUGCAGGAAGAAAAAAAGCGCAAGAAGCACCACCCAGAAUCCCAGGGACACACAGGGGAUGAAGACAACUAUUAUGCAGAAAAUGGAGGCGCCAAGUCGAGGGGGACGAAGCAAGCCACACCCCAGAGGGAACAGGAGUUGUCUGAUGCGGAGAUUGCUCGGAAGCUGCAGGAGGAAGAGCUCCGGGAUAACGAGGCAGAUCAGAAGGCAGCUCAAGUAGCCCAAGAUGAGGAAAUUGCCCGACUCUUGAUGGAUGAGGAGAAAAAGGCUUUCAAGAGAGGGCAGGAGAGAGAAAAGUCCUCCUUUGAAAGGAGGAGGCAUGAUCAAGAUUGGAAGUACGAUGCAAGCGUGUCCCCACGCUCAAGGUCAAGAGAAGGGCUCGAAACUCCGCGACACAGAAGCGACAGGUCUUCAAGGUCACAGCCUCGCCUCGAUGACUUGGAACACUCUCGGUAUUACAGAAGCCAUCCCAGCCCCUUGCGCCAGAUCCCCAGAUCUGAGCACUCUCCUAAAG